UGAAUGCAUUUAAAGCCUUAGCGUCAAAUAUUUCUCAUCAUAGGUGUUCUCACCUCAUUCACAAGGCGCAGUUUGCGCUGAGGUCGAGUGGGAAUCCCCCUAAAAUGGAGGCAAUACAUGGGAAUGCACGUAGUGCCGUGCACACUUUCGCUCUACUCCUCCCUUCUGCCCUCCCUCGUCUCGUCUUCUGCCUAGCAGCAGCUAGCAAGUUCGCUUCACGCUUCCCCAUCGCUCGCUUCGUCGUUCAACUCGAAACACCCCGCAGCCGCUGGUCAUUGUCCGAAGCUUUACGCAGCCGUCCGCGCGAUCAAAAGCUCUCAGUUCAACGCGGGAACUUUUGCAACCAAAGCGCGCACCUCACAUCAGCCAGUGAUCGUGACGUAGUUAUUGACAAAUCUUUAUUUCGCUUUGCGCUGCAUUUGAUGUCACCCGAGCUCUAGCCACGCGCUGUCUGCACAGACAGGUCUCCUGCCGCAAAGGACUCUCUCAGAAGUGCGCGAGGACACGUCACAGUGCGAUGAAAGGGACGCAGGGAGAGCAGGAGGGAUGAGAAAGCGAUUCAAGUGAAAGAAGUCUCGCAUUACCAUAAAGUGCCUCAUCUGGAUGCUGCGGAAGCCCUUCUCUGUGUCCGCUUCGGAGCGCUCUCUUCUCCGCUGACUUGAGCGUGUGCGCUUGGCCUUGGCUCGGGCUAUAUUUCACUCUGACAGUCAAUCAACCCAUUUGCCUGUUCCUCGAUUCCAGCUCCGCCUGCUCGCCAUUUCACCUUUUAAUACAAGGACGCCAGUCGAUUAGUUUCCCUUUUGGGUUCUCAAAGUGUCUCUCUCUUCACUUCUGCAGUCUCUCCAUCCCUGGCGACCCAGACAUGCGAGUAUCUUUAGGGACUGCUGCGCCUAUGGCAACAGGGCAGGGGGUUUCGGAAGCCUAAAUUUAGAGAAAGUCCGUUUUACAUCAAUGCAAGAGGGUUAUUUUAAACCCAGAGCUCCAGCGGGUGAGUCUAGACAGUGGGGCGACCACUGCAGACAAAUACAAAGUGCCGCUCUACUCUACUUUUAAUGCCUUGUAUUCCUGGACGGCAGCCGAAGAUGCACCGCAGCAUGUCACAGUGACCUACUCCACCUCAGCACGCUCGAUUCAUCGCUCUCCCUACCUGACUUUACACUGAUCUCAUAUUCUCGUCAUACUUCCUCACUGGCUGAUCAGCAGACUAUGCCCCCUUCCUGUCCAUAAGAGAGUUUGGUUUUCAUAUCUAGACUGGUAGUCUAAGGAUCUCCUUGCCCCUGUGCUCAUUUUUUGCAGCUUUUGUGCUUCAUCACGCCUGGCUGCCCCACCCCAGCCCUCCAUUCACCCGCCGCUCGCCGAGGGAUCGACAUGGCCAUCAAUGUGACCAUGGGUCGCGACACCAAAUGGCUGACGCUGGAGGUGUGCAGAGAGUUCCAGCGAGGAACCUGCUCACGUUCGGACAACGAAUGCAAGUUCGCUCACCCCUCUCGCACCUGCCACGUGGAGAACGGCCGCGUCAUCGCCUGUUUCGACUCACUCAAGGGACGCUGUACACGUGAUAACUGUAAGUACCUGCAUCCUCCGCCUCAUCUCAAGACCCAGCUGGAGAUAAACGGCAGGAACAACCUGAUCCAGCAGAAGACCGCAGCCGCCAUGCUGGCCCAGCAGAUGCAGUUCAUGAUGCCUGGAACUCAGCUGCAGCCCAUAACCUCGUUCCCAGUAACGCAUUCCUUGGCCAACAGUCCGAGCAUGGCUUUCAGCCCGUACCUGAGUCACAUGAGCCCGGGUAUCAGUCUCAUGCCCGAGCUUCUGCCCAGCGCCCCCGUGCUGGUCCCGGGGAGCCCCACCGGCAUCGCCAUGGGCAACGGAAAUUCAACGCAGAAGCAUGUUCGCACAGACAAGCUUGAGGUGUGUCGAGAAUUCCAGCGGGGGAACUGCACACGCGGGGAGAACGACUGCCGCUAUGCCCACCCAAUGGAAGCCGCCAUGGUGGACGGCAGCGAGAACUCCGUCAUUGUUUGCAUGGAUUACAUCAAGGGCCGAUGCACCCGUGACAAAUGCAAGUACUUUCACCCUCCGGCUCACUUACAGGCCCGGAUAAAGGCGGCGCAGCACCAAGCCAGCCAGAAUGCUGCUGCCAUGGCUUUGCCACCAGGAGCCAUGCAACAGCUACCAAAGAGACCGACCCUGGAGAAGACUAACGGCGCGGCUGCCAUCUUCAACCCCAGCAUGUUCCACUACCAGCAGGCUUUGGCCAGCAUGCAGCUGCAACAGCCAACGUUCAUUCCCACAGGCCUUUUCAAACCCCUAGGCCCAAUGACAGAGGGCCGCUGGGAGAGGCGGGACUGGACCAGCUGCAGGGCCCCCCAAAGCCGUUACCUGUCAGGGCCUGGACAUACUGUUCCCAUGAUGCACGGUGCCACCACUUCCACUGUUUCGUCGGCUACGACCCCAGUCACCAAUGUUCCUUUUGCUGAAUCAGCCACCUCCAACCAGACGCCGCCGAGGUACUGAGUGCCGACCCCAUCGACCUCCAGUACGUUCCCAUGGAGGCCCAUUUCUGUCCCGUUCCUAAACUCCUGGUGGCUGCACCAAUGACGCUGAAUCCAGUAAGCCUCUCCCGUAAUCCCACAACCUAAUCAGGUCCAUCUCUCAUGCAACAUGUGCCCAAACAACAGAAAAUGAAUGCAACAAACGUGUGCCUAAUCAGUAUAUCCUUAACGGGCAAUACAUUCAUCCUCAUGUCAGAGAUUCCCACUUCAUUUGACGUCAACAGAGGUUUGUUGAUAUUGAAACAGGCAAUACUUAAGCUUGGACCUACAACUGUUUAAGGAAGCAUGCCAUCUCGAUGCAAGGAGCGUGCGGAUGCUGAAUCAGGAGAUGGAGCGCUCUCGUAACUCACAGCCAUACGAAUACAUGCAAACCAAUUAGCUGAGAAGAGUGAAUUCUCUGGAGGUGAACAUAAGAUUUCAGAGCCGACUCGUUUGAUGUAUGGUAAGAGGUGGAGUCGAUGCAGAUCAUCAGCAGACAGAAUGUUUCUCCGUCGCAGAAUGUGAAAACCCAGAGUGUGUGAGAGCGACACCUAAUGAAAUUUUACAUAGUUGUGGUGGUGGUAAUUUCUUUCACAUUUAAUUAUGACUAAUGAACGUGGCACGUUUUAUUUCAUGUUUGCAUUUCAAAAUGUCAAAAAAAAUGUUAUUUGAAAAUGAUUGAUGCUUUUGUAAGAUACUGAUACUGAUUCUAAUGAUUACUGAUUUAGGUUUUUCGUUAAGAGGUUUUCAAAAUGUCGUUGUUCUGAAGUGUGUGGACGUCGUCCCCCCCAGCCCAUCCCCCCAGUUCUUCUGUACCCAUCUGACUUACAUUUUAUCAUAGACUAAGAAAGUAUACCUUUGUAGCCUUUCAGAAUCUUUCAUCUACUUAGGGAUGUGUGUUGUUGUGAGUUUUUCUUGAAAGAGUAUUAUUUGUUUAAUGACUUUCCAACAGGCUAAAGCUGGUCUACUGAGAUAAGUGUUACUGUUCAUGCCUGAAGUAUCUCACCUCACAUUUCAAGCUCCACAUCGAGACGGUCAAAAAGAAGAUUGGUUCACAUACUCAUACCUCCAUUUAAAAAUAGAACUGCCUUAAGCAGACUAAAUAUGAGCACUUCCUGUUGCGCAGUGUGAUGCACACUGAAAUGUAAGGUCUGAUUGCAGGCCUUCUGGAUGUAUAAGAUGUCUCGUUGAGAAAAUUUUAACAGGACUUUAUUUUUAUUCCAGCUGGAAUGUUUUUUGCAAAUAUUUCUUAUUGUCUGAUGUUCUGGAUAUUCAAAUACUCUAAAAAUAGUCAUGCUUAUUCACUUUUUAGAUUAUAUAUUGCAUUUCUUCAAUUAUUGGGUGAAUUUCAUGAAAACAGUCAAAAAGUCAUAUUCCAGGUCAUAUUUCAUACCAAAAGCAGACAAA